GCUUCUUCCACCCGGCUCCUUCUCUCUUUGUCCCGUCCUCCUCCGCUCCGUGUCGAAGAAACAUCCACCACAACAGCAUCAUGUCCAAUGUAGCCGAUACAAGACUUUACGACAUUCUGGGAGUGUCUCCGUCCGCGACCGAGAGUGAACUAAAGAAGGCAUAUCGUAAAUUGGCAAAAGAAUACCACCCUGACAARAACCCAAAUGCUGGUGACAAGUUCAAAGAAAUCAGCUUUGCCUACGAGGUGCUUACGAACCCUGAAAAGAAGGAGCUAUAUGACCGCUGUGGAGAACAAGGCUUGCGGGAAGGAGGUGGGGGUGGUCCUGGGAUGGAGGACAUCUUCUCCCACAUCUUUGGUGGUGGACUCUUUGGCUUCAUGGGAGGACAGGGAAGCCGCUCGAGGAACGGAGGGCGAAGGAGAGGGGAGGACAUGGUCCAUCCACUCAAAGUGUCACUUGAGGACCUGUACAACGGGAAAACUACUAAACUACAACUUAGCAAGAAUGUACUGUGUAGUUCUUGUAACGGACAGGGAGGUAAGACGGGUGCUGUCCAGAAAUGCACAACAUGUAGGGGGCGUGGCAUGCGCAUCAUGAUCAGACAGCUGGCCCCGGGGAUGGUCCAACAGAUGCAGUCUGUGUGUACCGACUGUAGUGGAGAAGGGGAGGUUAUCAGUGAGAAGGACCGUUGUAAAAAAUGUGAAGGCAAAAAAGUCGUGAAGGAUGUAAAGAUUCUGGAGGUACACGUGGACAAAGGCAUGAAGCACGGCCAGAAAAUUACCUUUGGAGGAGAAGCCGACCAAGCACCUGGCGUUGAGCCUGGAGACAUAGUUCUGGUCCUGCAGGAAAAGGAACAUGAGACAUUCAGGCGUGAGGGGAAUGAUCUCUUCAUGAACCAUAAGAUUGGGCUCGUGGAGGCUCUGUGUGGCUUCCAGUUCAUGUUGAAACACUUAGAUGGAAGACAGAUUGUUGUGAAGUAUCCUGCAGGAAAAGUCAUUGAACCAGGCUCAGUCAGAGUGGUGCGAGGAGAGGGCAUGCCUCAGUACAGAAACCCUUUUGAGAAGGGAGAUCUUUUUGUCAAGUUUGAUGUCCAGUUUCCUGACAACAACUGGAUCAGUCCAGAAAAACUUGUGGAGCUGGAGGACAUGCUUCCCUCAAGGUCAGAACAACCGAUGAUCAGCGGCGACACCGAGGAGGUUGACCUGCAAGAUUACGACGCCAGCCAGGGCUCAUCAUCAGGCGGCCGCCGGGAGGCGUACAACGACAGCUCAGACGAUGAAAGUGGCCACCAUGGACCGGGCGUACAGUGUGCCCACCAGUAAUCUCUGUUUCUUCGACACACACACACACACAACCCCAGUCUCCUUGUGAAUAAAACAUAUAAACUGCUGAAUAGAGAAGCCUAAAACUGGCCACAAACAGAGCCAGUACUCAUGGUUUACUCAUGUACCUAAAAUUGUUACAGGAUAUUUUUAAUUUGAGCACAAAGAUCAUUGAUCCUGUCAGAGGAACAUUUAUUAGAGCAGCCAGACUAUUUCAUCUCAUUCUGAUUGGAUUCUCAAGACUUCAGGUGUACAGGAAGUGUUUAAAAUGUAUGAAAAAGCCCCAGUCACCCCAUCCUUCCCUCGUCACCCGUUAUAAAUCCAGUCCUCUCAUCCAGUGGGAACUUCAGGACAGAAAGAUAAAUGCUUCUUGAUUGCUGAGUGUGACUUGCAUUUUUUGUUUUUCAUAGUAUUUACAUUAAUUUAAAACUUACUAAUGUGCAUACAAAGCAGCUGGGCAAUGUGACAUACCGUAGUUUCUUUGUAUCAGCCAUGGACUCAUCUAUUCAGCACCACUUUGUUUCUGAUUUUACACCUUUUUUGUUAUACUUUAUAGAAUUUUACUUGUCUUUUUCUUUCUUUUACAUUUUAAUUCAAGAGGAAAUUUUGUUGUGUAUAUUAUGAAGUGGUUGGUAAGCUUCAUCAGCCACUAUAUUCUGAGCUGCAUUUUUUUUUUAAAAAAAGGAAGAAAAAAAUCUUUAGUGAAAAUAAAACAAGCAUAAAACCAACUAUAGUCCAUGUGCAUGUAUAAAGCUUUGGUUCUUGCACUUCCUGAACAUAAAGUAAAGCAACACUCUUAAGAAAUGUCUAAAAUUAUUGUUGAAUAAAUUGUCGAAAUAGCA